CUCAGCCUUACUUUGUUUUAUCUUCUUUAUCAGUCACGCACCCGCAUAUAGCACAUGGUCUUCAUCUCAUGCGAAUCCCCAAGUCGAAUUGCAUAGAUGACUCCCUCGUCGAAGUGUGGACUAUUUUGUCUCUAUUGAGAUUUGUUUCGAAGAAGUCACGGCACUCACUUGGAUCGCUUCCUUCUUCAUUACACCAAAAUGGUUGACAAUCGGGGUCCGCAGUUGGCUGGUAUAUCGGCGACGUUUGGUGGCAUAGCCCUUAUUACAGUGCUAUUACGCUGCUUCGUUCGUAGUCGUAUAGUGAAGUUGUUUGGGCUGGACGACGUUUUCAUGGCCAUUGCACUAUUGACUUAUUGCUGGUAUACAGCCAGCGUGCUCGGCGGAAUACAUUACGGCACAGGAAGACAUAUGUCAAAGUUGACGACAGACGAGACUAUGCGCGCAUUACGGUAUUGGUGGAUGUGUUACGUCUCGUAUUGCGCAACAAUGACUCUCGCCAAAAUAUCUAUUGGCCUCUUUUUCCUCCGGGUUGCGGUGGCCAAGAUACAUCGAUAUAUCAUCUGGACGGUAAUGAGUGUCACUGCUGUUACUGGCGUCGUCUUCCUCUUCAUUACACUUUUCCAGUGCGCGCCCGUGGAAUUCUUCUGGACCAAGGUUAUCCCCGGCCGAACGGGCACUUGCAUCAACAUCGAUGUCAUUAUCAACUUGACGUACAUUUAUGGUAGCUUCUGCGCUAUCUGCGAUUUUACCUUUGGAAUACUCCCCAUCUUCGUGGUCUGGAAUCUAAACAUAGAUUGUCGGACGAAACUCGUGCUAAUUCCUAUUCUUGGAAUGGCUUGCAUUGCUAGUUGUGCGGUCAUCGUCCGCAUGCCAUUCAUCAAGGAGUUCAGAGACCCAGACUUUCUUUACGCAACGGUGGACAUAGCGAUCUGGUCCACUACCGAAGCGGGUCUCACCAUCACUGCUGGAAGUCUCGCCACCAUUCGUCCCCUCUACUGCCGCAUCUUCUCUCAAGCAUCUACAUGCGAACGGCGCGAGACUUUCGGCCAUAGACCCAACAACAACCUACAGCCCGGCGCAGGAAGAAAUCUUCGACGCGCCGGGAUUCUCAGCAUCUGCCGGUACGCUAGCAAGGGUCAAGAUGACAUCAGCUUCGACUUCAACUUCGCCGGCCCAAACAGGAGCCUAUACAAGCAUGACGAGGAGGACAGCAAUGCCAGUCGCAAUGAGACGUACAGUGGGAUUGGAAGUGAGAAUGGGAGUCAGAGUAUCAGGACCAAGGACGACUGUGAAAUACACAUCCAGAACGAGUCUCAUUUGUCGGACGACAGCAGCGUGGAGAUACAUUUGACGACUAUGCCGUCGGCGCAUCGAUGAGUGCAGAUGGCUUUGCGGACCUUGCGGCAUUGAGAAGCUACACAUCUCAACGCAGCCAGCAGACUGCACAGCUGCAGCAUUUUAAUAUUAGGGAAAGAAGCAUGUACAGUGCAUUGAUACAA